CAAAGAAGAAGAGUCGUUCCAAAAAUAAUCACAGCAGCAGAAGAAGAGACAGCCGCUAGCCGUUAGCUCUACAGCCCAAGCUACCUAGCGUUAGCUGAUAUUCAUCAAUGCCCGCUUAGCGUCGCAGCUGGUGUCGAAAUAAAAUCCUAUGCUGCGUCAGAGAGGGGGGGAGACAUUAAACAGUCCCUGACAGAGACCCAACGACAACAUGGAGAAACAGUUGCACCUGAACCUGUUAGCUUCCAGACCUCCUAUGGCAGGAGGUGUUCAGUCCAGCUCCAAGAUGAGAAUGGGACCUGGUCGGAAGAGAGAUUUCUCCCCGCUGCCCUGGAGUCAUUACUACGAGACCAUGGAAGACGUUGAGGUGGAGAAUGAGAAUGGCAAAGAUAUUUUCAGAAUUUACUGCAGUGGUUCCCACGGUCCUGUGCUGCUCCUGCUCCAUGGAGGAGGCCACUCUGCACUCUCCUGGGCAGUGUUCACUGCCGUUAUAUGCAGCAGGAUCACCUGUAGGGUGGUGGCUAUGGACCUUCGAGCUCAUGGUGACUCCAAAGUGAAAAAUCCUGAAGAUCUCUCUGCAGAUACGAUGGCAAAGGAUAUUGGCAAAGUGAUGGAGGUGCUCUACGGAGAGAACCCUCCUCCGAUCAUGAUUAUUGGACACAGCAUGGGUGGGGCCAUUGCAGUUCACACAGCCAUUGCCAAUCACAUACCAUCUCUGCUGGGCCUCUGUGUUAUUGACGUUGUAGAAGGUACAGCGAUGGAUGCUUUGAACAGUAUGCAGAAUUUCCUCAGAAGUCGGCCAAAGACAUUUAAAUCUCUGGAGAACGCUAUUGAGUGGAGUGUGAAGAGUGGCCAGAUUCGAAACGUGGAGUCAGCACGUGUGUCAAUGGGAGGCCAAGUGAAGAAAUGUGAGGAGACAGCCAGCAGUCCUGGAGUCUCUAAUAGCAUUGAAGGUAUAAUAGAAGAGGACGAGGAGGAAGAAGCAGAAGAAGAAUCCAACAAGAAAAGGAUGAAGGAAGAUGAUCAAGAGAUGAAAAAGGAAAGCAUCUUCACCUGGCGAGUGGAGCUGUCAAAGACAGAAAAGUACUGGGAAGGCUGGUUCAGAGGCCUCUCUGCUCUCUUCCUCACCUGCCCUGUGCCAAAACUGCUUCUGCUCGCAGGAGUGGACAGGCUGGACAAAGACCUGACUAUUGGACAGAUGCAAGGGAAGUUUCAGAUGCAAGUCCUCCCUCAGUGUGGUCACGCUGUCCAUGAGGACGCACCUGAAAAAGUAGCAGAUGCUCUAGCAACAUUUAUGGUCCGACAUAAAUUCACUGACUUUAAGGAAGGAUAUCUGUGGUAA